CAGUUUUCAGCACGAUUUUUCCCCCACUUCACUGCUGGAGUCACAGUUUCUUUCGUAUCCGUGCAGUUAGGAAUAACGGGACAGCUGCGGCGUCCAGUGCCAAAUUGCAGGCAACCGGCGACAUGGGUCUGAUUAAAUUUAUAAGUGCGAUCAUUACUAGAGCGCUUUUUAUCCUGAUUGCUCUCAUCGGUGUGUGGAGAGUGACGCGGGUGAAGGAACAUAACUUUUACUGGUUGCUAACUUUCCUCUUUUUGCCGCUUGUCCUUGAAAUGAUAAUAACCCUGAGGAGGAGGAAAGGAAAGGAUUACAAAUGGUUUUCCCCACCCAUCUUUCUGUUUCUCAUUAGUAUCAUUCCCUCCAUGUGGCUCCUGGAGCUCCACCACCAGCAGAAUAAGGACAGCGAACCUAAGUGUCAAAAGCUUGAUUCUUUGGAUCUGUACAACCUCAUUCAAAACAAAACCUCCAGAAAUCUCACGAUCACCGAUUCCCUGAAGGAUAUUGACGAGUUGUUCUCUGCUGUCUGCGCGAAUGACUGGAUCCUGGCUCUCCAUCAGAUCCUGCUCAUCCUGCUCAUUGUGGGGAAGUGGCUCCUGCCUUUGGGAGGCGGGGUCACAAGAGACGAAUUGUCUCAACUUCUUCUAAUCUUUGUUGGCACAGCAGCGGACAUCCUGGAAUUUACUAGUGAGACACUAUCAGAUAUCAAAGAUAACAAUGAUAUGCUGGUCUAUGUCAUCUUAGGUGUAUGGACCUGGAGUAUGUUGCAAUUUCCACUCCAUCUAGCAGGUUUCACGCCCUACGAGCUGUUGACAGGACGGCAGUUUCCGGCGCCUUGGACGGUGGUUCCAGCGACAGAACAGUCUAAGAGAAGUAACAAGUCUCAUGCUGAAUACUUUAAUGAAGUAAAAGCUCUGGUGUCCAGUUUUACAAAACAGGUGACCGCCGGGAGGCCCACGGCAGAAGGAGAGGUUCCAGAGGCAAAAGCAGUGUGGCUGAAAGUCAUAAAGAGGAAGUGGAAAGAGCCUCGUUGGACCGGACCCUAUGAGGUGACGGCUCGGACGGCCACAGCGGUCCGUUUGAAAGGAAAAGGGGAAAAUUGGUAUCACUGGACGCAGUGUGCUGCAGCAGACGAGAGCCUGGUGGACAGCGACCUAGCUCCACCGAACACGGGGGCUGACGACAGCCAGAGGCAGAAUAAAUCCUCUCCCCCGUGCAACGGGCCGAACAGUAGUCUACCUGGGAGGCCGAAGCAAGAAGACCAGCAAAGGAGGAGAUCCCCACGCCAACGCAAGGGAGUGGUAACACAUUAAAAAAAAAAAAAAAAGAGGAAAGCACUUAAAUAAAUAUAUUUUGAUAAAAGAAGUAUAAGUUUCACACGACAACAUGCACGCAUUUGACAUACAGGCACGUAGCAGGAGGCGUGAGGAGAGAAAAUUGGUAAAAAUGCUCCUCACAACCACAUGGUUGUUAUAUAAGAUAGUAUUACUUUUGCUAAUAUGUAUUUUUGUGUAUUUUUGGCAGAUAGCCUGGAACAGCCCACCCGAGCACGGAGGUCAGCCCAGCCCUCCACCGACUGAAAAACAGAACACUGAAAUGGGGCCGUUACAGAGACCCAAACGAGAGGUAUCAGGUAAAAGGGAUGGGUGUCUCAGCGCUUAUAAUGGCAUGGAAUUGGACUACGUUAAAGGGUCCACGAGUUCAUACUCUUUUGAUUUGUGUGAAGUGAUUAACUGCAAAGGCGCAAACAGCAGCUGGAGGGGAUAUGACGUGUGGAUCUGCAGUCACCCGGAUAUUUGUACCCGGGGAGGGAACCCUCACUCCAGCCGGGGAAUCCGCCCAGUGCUAGCGUCUUAUACCGCAGGGCACUGGUGCAUUCCUGGGUGGAGCAAGGUGGUAGCCUGGACUGGAGUGAAGUGGGAGCCACACGUUCCUGAAGGAUUGAAAGGGAUAGCCAUCCAGAGGGACUUUUCUGCCUCACAGAACCCUAUCACCCUCUCUCUGGGACCAUGGAGCUCUUUGCCCAGGUCAAAUAGUCCGGGAGGCGUGUUCUACCUGGUGAUUGGGGUAGAUGUUUCAGGGACAGACCCGACAGGUGUGAUUAGAGUGAAUUUAGUAAACCCAAAGCCCAACCCUCCGGUCAUAAAUAGUACAGGGGAUUGGGGAAACGGGUCGUUAACUGUUGCCCGUGAGGAGCAAAAGCGGCGAGUCCUGAUUGUGGACUACACCAGGUUGAAGCCUCAGGACUUAAUUGAACGCGCCACCGGUUUCAGUGACAGUAACCUGUGGCUGGACUGGGUGGCUCAAAAUGCAAAAGAACAAGAUGUAUCUAACUGUGUUGCUUGUGCUUCAGCUAGGCCGCGCUUGUUUACAGAACCCGCUCCACUGUAUCCAGAGGACAAAUGGGGAUAUGACUGCAUGCUACAAAUCACAAGAGAAGCGGUGAGUACUGGCAAUUGUUCAAUAUUGGCCAGCCUCUUCCCGCCAAUUGAUAAAGGUACAAAGGUAGGACCAUUUAGACCCAAAAAAGAUAACUAUACUUGCUUUAAGUUUUCCACAGACAAAAUAAAAUACAAGCUGGGAGAUAUCGAUCCCAGCUGGUGCGCUACGACGCUCACAGGAAGAACCACCAAUGCAAAGAAUGACUCAAACACAGUAAUAGGUACAUGGGCAAGAAGUGGGUUGUACUAUUAUUGUGGGGAGAGAACUCUUUUGGUCCGUGUUCCACUAGGAAGUGUCGGGACCUGUGCAAUGGUAAGGUUGGGUGCUCAACUGAUAUUAAUCGGCAACAGAGUGACAGCAAUUCCCCAGAGUAACACACGCACACUGGCAGCCAGACGUAAGCGACAUGUAUUGGGUAAGGGGACACAUGCAUAUGAUCCUAGGAUGAAUUCACCCACCUGGAUCGACUCCAUAGGAGUGCCCAGGGGAGUUCCUAACGAGUAUAAACUGGCAGAUCAAGUAGCAGCUGGUUUUGAAAACCUACCAAUCAUUUCUGCUCUUUUUCCAGUGACCCCAAACAAGAAUGUGGAUAGAAUAAAUUAUGUCCAUUAUAACCUGCUGAGACUCUCAAACCUGACCAGGGAUGCCUUUGAGGGAGUGGCGGAGCAGUUGGGCCCGACCUCAUUAAUGGGGGUCCAAAACAGACUCGCUCUCGACAUGGUUCUGGCCGAGAGGGGAGGGGUCUGUGCUAUGUUUGGUGACCUGUGUUGUACUUUCAUUCCUAAUAAUACUGCCCCAGAUGGCUCAGUUACCCGAGCUCUGGAAGGUCUUAAAACGCUGUCAAGAACCAUGCAUGAAGAUUCUGGAAUUGAGAAUCCCUUUGAGGGCUGGAUGACAUCCGUGUUUGGCCAGUGGAAAGGGUUUGUAAUGUCUGCCAUGUUAUCUGUAUCUGCUUUUCUAGGGAUUUUGGUCACCUGCGGAUGCUGUCUCAUUCCUUGUGUCAGAGGAUUGUUGGAAAAGGUAAUUACGAGGGCAGUGGACCCCGGGGUGGUGACCCCGGUGUCUAUGAUGCCAUUAAUGGACGUAGAAACGACUGAGGGGGCCGAGGAGUGACACAGCACACGGUGUGGUGACCUCUUGUGGCAAGAGGUCAAAAGGAGGAUUGUGAGAAUCAAAGGAAAUUGCUUCAUUAUUACAAUAUAUUUCAUAGCCUUGCCAAUAGCAUUAAUCACACAGCUUAUAGCUUUAAGUUGGCCUUGAAACAUUUAAACAUACUGACACCAUAUUAAUCUCUCACAGGUGCAGUCAUAACCAUUUUAUAUUGUUAUAUCUUUACACACAUUGCAGCUCCAUGGUCUUAAAGAGUUGAAGCUUUCCCAGGUAAAUAAAGGUCACAAGCUUCAUUCAGCGCGAUGUCUGGGUGAUACAUUGGUAAGGAAGUGGGGAGCUUAAGAAAGAUUGCACACAUGCUUACAAAACACACAUAUACAUUACAUAUAACUUAGAAACAGAUUUAAGAAGAGGCCUGAAGGCACUCAGUUAACAUACUGCACUGGAGGUUCUGUCUUGACAACAGGUGACGAGUGGAGAAGACCAGCCCCUGGAGACCACAGAGGCCUGAGUUUAUUGCCUUCUUUGGAAGAAGAUGCCAAAAGGGGAACUCCUGUGUCUGCAGUUAAUUCUUAAAAUACAUAAAUGUUCUGUACAUGCAAAUUAUGUGACUGUAAACGCAAGAGGAGGCGUCAUAAUACUCUGAUGAUAUAAAAGCAAUCUGAAGUAUAAUUUUGGCGAAGACCCUUGCUGAUGUAUGCAGUGAUUGUCUUCCCGCGCGUGAACUUCAAUAAAGAUUGCUUUGACCCAAAUCUUCUGGACUGUCCUGGUUUUGUACUCUCCACCAAUUUCGGACCCUUAACACCCUACUGACAGAACUCCCAGGGAAUUUGUGUGUCCUGCUGUCCUCAAAUCAGGAACCUUUGGCUUUCUAUGUGACUAUGUAAACCAUUACACUCCAACAAACACUGGGUAACAUAGGAGUCUUGUGCAUAUGUGAAGCAGAGUUUUCACUUCUAUGAUAGGUUAGACUUUUUUGAGGUUUAAACAGCUAAACAAUAAAUGGAUAGCCUUUGUUUUUGUUUUUAGCCAUUUAAAGGCUAGAAAUGAUGCUUUAACUGUAGGUCUUAGUGAUGCCCCCCCCCCUCCUCUUAUCUACUGGUCUACUUAAAGAAGUAAGCUGUUCUAACUGUUUCUCCCUCCCCUUUAUCCAGCUUUCUUCUAAUUGGCUAACUUUCUUAUGGGUGGGAAGAUGUAAGUCCAAGGGAAAACCAUAAUAGGUAUCCUUUAUGUGUGACUAUUCCAGCAUUUCUUUAGAGAAGAAAGAUUUACCUCUUGAAAAACAAUAGCAGGGAAAGUUACUCUAAAUAGCAAAUGUGGCGUCUGUCAGACUACAUCAAGCUACCUGAAUGAAACCUUCAUUUCACUUCCAAUCUGUUGCUUU